AUGUACCAUGCGAUCGACAUUAUCACUGGAACCGUGCCUUGGCAGGACAAACUGCAAGUCCGAGGGAACUACUGGGAACUACUCCAUACUGGACCUCCCCUGGGGCAGUCGGGCAACGGAAAAGAACCGAUUCUGCAGGGUUCCUACAAUGGACCAACCCCCUGGGUCAUCGCUCUUGCCCUGUCGUUGGCCACUGGCCAUUUAGCUCUGUUGCAGCUUCGGAGCGGCCGUGGACGAUCAACGCCCCUCUGUACUCGGCGCGGAGGACCUAAUCCAAUCCAGCAGGCUGAAAACUUCGCUGCGCACUUUAUUCCUUUGACGGCAUGGCCACGGGCGUUGGAGCUCGUGCACGCGAACCUUACCCGUGUCUUCCGCUAG